AUGGGUGAAACAGAUAACAAGCCACAGGUCACUCAAGACAGUGAGGCAACAUCAAAGAAGCAUAAGAAAUAUGAAAAAAGUAAAGAAAAGAAGAAAAUGGAAGAAGAAGAUGAUGAUAGUGAAAGUGAGAGUGAUAGCGGAAGUGAAAGUGAAAGCGAUAGUGAAAGUGAUGACCAUAAAGAAGAUGACAAAGAUAGUGAUACUACAGAAAAAGAAUCUAGUAAUGGAGAAGAAAAAGAGUCAAGUACAGGAGAAGAAAAAGAAGUCAAGAAGGAUGCGGUAAAAAAUGUUGAGAGAAAAGAAACAAUUUUUAAAAUGGUUGAAGAAUUUCCUCAACAAGAAACAUUAGAAGAUGUACUUUUAAAAUUAAGUAAUGUUAAUUUAAAUGAAGAAUGGCUGAAAAAACCAGAAAACCAAGUACUUAAACAAAAGGCAUUGUGUUUGUUUUAUGAAAGAUAUCCCGAAGCAGUGUCUGAAGUUAUGUUUCCAUUUGAACAAAUCAUUAACAAAGCAGAAAACAAACCAGAUGAAGUCCAAAUGGAAAUAUUAAAGAAAAUAAUAAAUUCAACAUUCAUUAUCAGAAAAAAUGAAACAGUAACGCUUAUGGAAAUUGUUAAUACAUUACCAAAGAAAGAAGACACAAAAACAACAAGGAAAGAUGAUAAUGAAAGUAGUAAAGAUUAUAAAGAUGAUAGGUCACAUAAAAGAAAAGGAAAUGAUGAAGAAUAUUCAAGAAGAGAUGAACGAAAUUAUCGUGGAGAUUAUCGAAGAAAUAAUAGUAAAUCAUCAAGGAGUAGUUCACGAAAGAGAGAUCGAGGAGGAAGACAUUGA